UAUGGUCCUUACCAAAGAAAUAAAUCAGAAAAUAGUCAUCGCUGCCAUACUGGUAUCGUUCGGUUUGAUUGUCGGUUCGAUAUACCUUCACAUAAGGCAAAAACAUCAUUUCGGACGCUUAAAUAUCGGGGAUAGUCGUGUGCAACCAACCGCAGGUGUUGGUAUUUCCGGCAAUAGCAAAGAAUAUGCCAACGAUGAAGCCUAUACCACAAUGACUCACUUUAGUGAGUUAGAUUCUGGAGAGAAUUUGGAUGAAGAGACCUCGACAGAUUCGUACGUGGUAGACAACGAUUACACCAACAACUACAGUAUUGAAUAUUCAAAUAGCAAUGAAGAUAUUCAAACUACAGAAAAUGAAAUAUCAAGCAAAUGUUUGCAAUGUCUUUGCAAGACAGUUAGUGAUUGUCGACCAGUUAAGUGUGCAACUGUGGAUCCCUGUGGAAUUUAUGGUAUAUCGAAAUUUUAUUGGAUCGAUGGUGGCAAACAAAUUGCAAACGACAGCAAAACGGAAUAUAACGAAGAAGAAGAUGACGAACAUAGAGAUUAUCUACAGUGUGUAAAUAACGACAAAUGUGCCACGGAUACGGUUAAUGCUUAUCUUAAACGAUAUAACAGAGAUUGUAAUAACAAUGGCAUAAUCGAAUGUGAAGAUUAUAUCGCUCUACAUGUACUCGGGCCAUCUGGAUGUGCAAACAGGGAACUAUCUAUAAUGCAUAAAAUUCGAAUGAAUUCGUGUCUCAAUUGA